AGAAGAGAAGGUGGCGCUGGGCGCUGAUUGGCUGCUGAGAGGGGCGUGCGGCGGACCGCGGACAUGGCGGCGGUGACCAGAAGCCCUUUUGUCGCGUUUCGGCGGCUGCUGAGUUGCCGCCAACAAUUUCGGCCGCAGACCUUCAGACCUCACAGGACCGGUCAGCCAGUCGCUUUCAGAUGUGACAGGAACCUCCAGAUUUUCAGCUGCAGAAUGCUCCAUGCUGCUGUCGUGAAUCGAGGACCCAUCGUCCAGUUCAAACUGUCUGACAUCGGCGAGGGAAUCACAGAGGUGACCGUCAAGGAGUGGUAUGUGAAGGAGGGCGAUAAAGUUUCUCAGUUUGACAGCAUCUGUGAGGUUCAAAGCGACAAGGCAUCAGUCACCAUCACUAGCCGCUACGACGGGGUCAUCAAAAAACUCUACUAUGAUACAGACACCACAGCCAUUGUAGGGAAACCAUUGGUGGAUAUCGAGACAGAGUCCAGUUCAGAGGUGAUCCAGGAGGAGGACGUGGUGGAGACGCCCGCCAUGGCUCGAGAAGAACACACCCACCAGGAGAUCAAAGGUCACAAGACCCAGGCCACGCCUGCAGUCAGACGCCUCGCCAUGGAGAAUAAUAUAAAGCUUAGUGAGGUGGUGGGGACGGGCAAAGAUGGGCGGAUCCUGAAAGAGGACAUCCUGAACUUCCUGGCAAAGCAGACGGGAGCCAUAUUGCCUCCGACCCCAUUCCAGGAGAUCCAGACUCCACCCCAGGCACCCGCUGCUGCUGUUCCUGUUGCUGCUGCCGCCGGGCCUGUGAGGACUAAGGUAGCUGUGAAACCUCCACCUACUACACCGAAACCUGUCUUCACGGGCAAGGAUGUCACAGAGCCCCUCAAAGGUUUCCAGAAAGUGAUGGUGAAGACGAUGACGGCGGCGCUGAAGAUUCCUCACUUCGGUUACUGUGACGAGGUCGAUCUGAGCCGUCUGGUGGCUCUGAGAUCAGAACUCAAGCCCAUUGCUGACAGUCGCGGUGUCAAACUGAGCUACAUGCCCUUCUUCAUCAAGGCUGCUUCCCUUGGUCUCCUCCACUUCCCGAUUCUUAAUGCUUCAGUCGACGAAGGUUGCCAGAACAUCACCUACAAGGCGUCUCAUAACAUCGGCCUGGCGAUGGACACCGGUCAGGGUCUGCUGGUUCCUAAUGUGAAGAACGUUCAGUUUCUCAGCGUGUUCGAGAUCGCUCAGGAGUUAAACCGCCUGCAGACACUCGGAGCUUCAGGUCAGCUGGGCACCGCCGACCUGACAGGGGGGACCUUCACGCUGUCCAACAUCGGAUCGAUCGGAGGGACGUACGCCAAACCGGUGAUCCUCCCUCCAGAGGUCGCCAUCGGAGCGCUGGGAAAGAUCCAGGUGCUGCCGCGGUUUGAUGUUGGCGGUCAGGUGGUCCCAGCUCACAUCAUGAAGGUCAGCUGGUCGGCAGAUCACCGCAUCAUUGACGGCGCCACCAUGUGUCGCUUCUCCAACCUGUGGAGGGAGUACCUGGAGAACCCAGCCAGCAUGGUGCUGGACCUCAAAUAAACAGUUUCCCAUCAGCCCCCGGGGAAGACGAGACGCCGCACUGACAGACCUUCGCUGCUCCCCCUCCUCCCUCCGCCUUCAGUUCCUCUUUCAGUUUGAGGCCUUCAUGUCCACUCGCUGUCAUUUCCUUGUUGCCUUUGAGCAAGGUGCUGGGAGGAGAGGGGGAGGGGUUGACCUGUCAGAGCCCACGCGCACACACACGCGCGCGCACACACACACACACACACACACACACAGAGUGAUAAUAGGUUAAUGGUUUGAUGGAGUCUCCCUUCCAUCUGAGGUUCACGUCUGAGCAGGAAACAUCAGCGAAGAGAAAAAUGUCCCCACGGAGUCGGUUUAGUGUCAGUGUUCCUGUUCUGGAGCUCCUGCAGACUGAAGUGUAGGAAAAUCAUCAUGAGAAAACAAACCGAGACGGACUUUAAACGCUGCAGCGUUUUAACGUGUCAAAAUCACAGACUGUAUGUAAAAGAUGGACGUAGCCAUCGUGCUGUCACCCACUGUUUGUGACGCCUCAAGCAGAGUGUUUAGAUGGUCGCCAUCCUGGUGUUUUUGACGUCAGACAUGAUGAGCGAGGAGUGCUGAAUGUUCAUACUGUAAUGACAUAUCGAUCACAGGAAGCCCCACCCUGAAUCCUCUCCUGCUUCCUGUUCCUUGGUGACUCUCAAAUGAACAUCGUGUUUUCUUCACUAAGACCUGAAACCUGAGACUGAAACCAUAAACUCACCAGGAAAGAGUUAGAGCUCAGAGUUAUGUUCUCUUUAAUGUCCUGCUGGACAUUAGAGAGAAUGCAGGUUUAACUCCAUGUCCAUCUGUUAUAUACAGUCAGAAGGUCCAGAGCAGCCUCUGUCAGACCUCCAGGUGAGAUGUUUCAGUCUGACAUAAGCUGGAAGCCGAGAUGUGCUCCUGUAGUUACACUGUGAACGUCUCAGAUCAUUUUCAGUCUGAAACUCAAUCAGCAGGUAGUUUUGGGCACAGACUGAUGCCUGCAGCUCCUGACACAUCAGGUCCUUCACUGUCACUGUACAAUAACAACGGGCAUGCAGUGAAGCUCAGACAGCUGCAGGUUCGGAUCUGUUGAUGGCUUUUCAGCUUCGUGUGUGACCAUCUGAACUUCCUUCAACUACGCCAACUUUAACUCAGACUGCUUCUUGUUCUCCCACAUGAAACCCGACCUGCUGGGUUCAGUUUAACCCUGCAGAGAUGGACGCACAGACGGACGGCGUUAGAGCCGUCUGUACGUCCGUCUGCACGGUUCAGCUGAAACCCGUAUGUCUGUACGUGGACCGAGGAGGAGAACCAGCGGGAGGAGUUUGAUGGCUUGUAGCUGGACUAAAACUCUAAAAUCCUCUCUGAGCAUUAAAUUCUCCACGUGCGCACUUUGAAGUCAUGUGACCAAAGGAAAUGCAGCUGUGGAGCGGAUCGCGCUCGUAUUGAUUGGCUCUGUGAAACUCCUCCUCACUGAUCUCCUUGAUCCAGGUUUGUCCACACUGAGAGCUGUCAGUAAACCAGAUAUCGAAGCGUGACGGGUUUUCUCUGCUGCUGAACGACGAGCAGCACGCUCGCAUCAUCGUGACGAUUUUUGACUAAAGCUCAUGUUUUUGGUUUUUCUGCUCGCGAUCUGUUUACAUUUGUUUCUAAAAUCCUCAUUAAUAAUCUCGCAGGUUCAGCUCCCUGCCCGUGAGCAUUCGCUGCAGCCGUCUGUUUAACGUGGCCUCAGCAACCUGCUGACUGACACACAGGAAUCCAAGUUAUUGACAGAUGAAUCGAUGAUGCAGAUUUGAGCUGCCGGCCUGUAAUUGGGGAGUCUGUGUCAUGUGACCAACAUUUUUGGGUGUUUUUGCAGUGAGGAUGGAGGUUUGUUUCCUCUCUGAGUUUGGAUGAAUACGAGCCCGGGCUGACCUCUUUAACCUAGUGAAACUGACAAAGAUGAAGAUGCUGCUAUGGAGGUCUUCCUAUCGAUCAGAACUCUCUCCGUUAAUUUAGCUCCUGUCGUAUUUAUUAGUGACUGUUACUCCAAACCUUUCUGACAGUCUGCAGUGGCCCCUCCCACAAACACUAACAGCAAUUUGUUGUAUUCUGUUCAAUUAAAAAAGUCUGAAGCAGAAACUGAAAAGUUGAUUCUGAAGGUCGUGCGAUCGUCCCGUAGAUUAACCAGCACGCGCAGAAAGCUGGUCUCAGAUAAACCACCGUAAACCCCACAACCCUGAGCUGCUUUCAUCUCCAGAUGUUCAGUCCUGAUGUGGAGCCGCAGGGCUUUCAGUCGGUCCUCCUGGCUGUUCUGGCUGUCCCGGUGGCUGCUGGGUAAAGAGCACACUGCGUUACCUGUUAGUGUCACGUGUCUUUUUUCCUGUUUUGUGUCGUUAGCUUUAGCGACAGAUGAAAUGUCAAAGUGUACAAAGUGUUUUGUAUGUUUGGGAGUUGGUCGGGUUUAAAAUGUGUGAAACUGAAUAAAAUCUGAAUGAAGCUGAA